AUGGCCACGCAAGCCAGGCAAUUCAGUUUUCAAAUGCCAUCUCCGGCCCACGCAAACUUGCUUCUCACUGCCAUCCGCCAAUUCCUCCAAAGCUGCCCACUUGCCACAUCACCCAUCCGUGACACCCAGCCUCAUUUAGACCCCAACGAGAGAGUCGGCACAAUCUUACUUCCUCUCUGGCGACAGACGCCUCUCACGAACACCCACAGUUCACACUGGCAAGCCUUCCUUGAACUCCUUCGAACCCUGAGACCUUACCUCAUCGAAUGCAGCAGGGCGAUGAGGUCCACAGCCCCAUAUGCUUAUGACAGCGCCUUGCGAAUCUAUCAGGAUCAACUCUUUGGCGGAGACCAGGCAAAUGCGAUUCCACAAAUUACAGCUGAGAAUUGUUUCCAGACACUGCGGCUCUCAGCGAAUAUGGCUCUCGCUCCUCAUCUUUUGAAUACGUCACAUCCAAGUUUCUGGGCUGCCAUUGCUGCAGUUGGUCCUUUCGAUUACGGUGAUGUGUUGCUCACUGGCCUGGGAGAACGGUAUCAGGUUGGGACGCACGGUGUUGGUAGCGACAGAAUAGAGAAUAUUCUGACUGUCAGAACGGCUCUUAAUGUUCAGAGCGUACCUUUUGUGGGUGAGCGGUACGAAUUGGUGUUCUUCUUGCCCUGGAGACCCUCAGAUCUCGGCCUGUGA